AAGCAUUUUGGGGGUUGUUUAAUUGAUUAUUUUGUUUUUUGAAGUGACUGUGCGGGAUGCAACUGCAACAGUGCGCAGCAACUGUUGACAAUUCUCACUAAAUAGGAGAAUACAGUCAUUAAGUUAAAUAAAUUCAUAUUUAACUUUAUCCUUUCAAUCAAAAUAUAAUGAAUAUAGCUUAAUACCAUGCUAGAAACCCCAAUUAAACUAUUUUAAUGUCUGCAACAUUAAAGCCUACAUGUUGUUAUGGGAGGUUUAAAAACAAAAAAAAAAGUCAGGCUUUUUUCCGGGUUCGGGCAUGAGAAUUCUGAAAACCUGUCGGCUGGGCCGGGCUGGGGCUCCACCCCCUCGGGCCCGGGCCCAGAUAAUAGACCCGUGCAGGGCACUAACCAAAACUACAGGUGAAAAGUAGCACCACACCACGCUAUGUUUCCUUUCUGCCAUUCUCUAAAACAACAAGAGCUAAUUUAGAUUGUUCACAUUAAUUUCUUUUGAGUGUGAUCGGGGUAUGACAGUAAAACCUGUUUUUAAGGAUUACUGUUGCUGAGGCUGACUGUUAUCUAAAUAUCUUUCCAACGCAAAUUCAUGUUCCAAACAUGCCCCUGUUUGUUUUGUACCCACUUGUGUGUUAAACUUUAACACACUGAAUCAAAAACAAAAGUUGAUUCUUGACAAAUUAGGUAUAUUGUAACAUAUAUCAUACAUGCUCUGUAUGUUUCUGAGAGCUGGGGAAUAAAGGGUAAAUGCCCAGGAAGUCUGUAAAGGGGAGGGGCUAGAGUAAAGAAUCAAAUCUGAGCUCCAGUUACAAUAGAGAGUGUUAUGCAAUGAGAAGUGAGAGGAAGGACAGGAUCGCUUGCUAGUCUGACAAAAACUACAGCAAGAGAAGAGAAAGGGGUGAGAAAUACAGCAGAGAAACCAGCAGCGUUCAACAUGUCAUUUGAGCUCGGCUCGUUACCCCCUCGACCAGAACUGUUUGACUUCCAUGGAGUCUCAAUGACCCACUAUUUCACAGACAACUGGGAGAAUGUUCAAAACUUCCAGGCCAGGCCAGAUGAUAUACUUAUUGCAACAUACCCCAAGGCAGGAACCACAUGGGUCUCCUACAUCCUCGACCUGCUGUAUUUUGGUCAGACAGAGCGUCAGAGAACCGUUCCAAUCUUUGAGAGAGUGCCUUUCUUGGAGAUUUUCAUCCCAUCAUUGGGAUCAGGAAAAGACCUGGUAGACAACCUCCCCACCUCUCCUCGACUCAUUAAGACUCAUUUUCCAGUCCAGUUUGUGCCAAAGUCCUUUUGGGAACAAAACUGCAGGAUGGUCUACGUGGCCCGCAAUGCCAAAGACAACAUGGUGUCUUUUUUUCACUUUGAUUCCAUGAACAUGGUUGAGCCAGAGCCUGGAGACUGGAGCAACUACAUCCGCAGAUUCAUGGAGGGAAAGAUGGUGUUUGGAUCCUGGUACGACCAUGUGAGCGGCUGGUGGAAGAAGAAGCAGAGUUAUCCAAAACUCCAUUACAUGUUCUACGAAGAUAUGGUCGAGGACACUGGACGGGAAGUAGACAAACUGUGCAGCUUUCUUGGUUUGUCUCGUUCAGACGAGGAGAAGAAAAGAGUCGCAGGUGGAUCACAGUUUGAUAAUAUGAAAAAGGACGACAUGGCCAACUAUUCUUCAAACCCAGUUAUGGAUUUCAAAAUCUCUCCCUUCAUGAGAAAAGGUAAAGUUGGUGACUGGAAGAACCAUUUCACUGUUUCCCAGAAUGAAGAGUUUGAUGAAGACUACAAGAAAAAGAUGACGGACCCCACACUUCAGUUCCGCACUGAAAUUUGAACAAGAGAGAGUCAGACUAACAUAUUAUGUUAGUCUGACUCUUCAGAAGAUUGCAAAGCUAAUGUGUCAUUAAAGGGCAGCUGUAUGACAACACCAUUUACACUGACACUUUCAAAUGAGACCAAGAGAUCUGUAUGAUCAGUGAUGUAAAUAAAAAGGUGUUUAUUCAUAUUCAAAUUUCUAUAUUUGCAAUAAAACAGCAAGAACUCAU